CCAUUUAAAAGUUGAAAAAAAGCCAAAAAAGGAAAAAAAUAAAAUGAAAGUAAAUAAUUUCUACCUGUGUUUUCUUCUUGUUGUUGCUUUAGCAAAGUGACAAAGAAUCAAUCUUUCAUGGCCAAACAGCCUAAGCGCGUGUACCAGUCUUGGAAGGCCAACAAUAAAUUCUUGCUUGGAGGGAGGCUAAUAUUUGGACCAGAUGCUAAGUCAUUGAUUAUUACCUUCACUCUCAUCCUUGUCCCUGUUGUUCUAUUUUGUGUAUUUGUGGCAAGAAAUCUCGUGCUUGAACUCCAACGAGAAAGUGCAGGAUAUGCAAUUUUGGUGAUAACGAUUGUCUUCACAAUUUAUGUCUUUAUACUUCUACUCUCAACAUCAGCAAAGGAUCCUGGCAUUGUCCCUCGUAAUUCUCAUCCUCCAGAGGAAGUUCUAGGGUAUGAUUCUUCAGCUUCUGGUGAAGCUGGCAGUAGACCUUUGCCUCGCACCAAAGAAGUCCUUGUGAAUGGUUUGCCUGUACGUGUUAAAUAUUGUGAAACGUGCAUGUUAUACCGUCCACCAAGAUGCUCUCAUUGCUCGGUAUGUGAUAAUUGUGUGGAGCGAUUUGAUCACCAUUGCCCUUGGGUGGGUCAAUGCAUCGGGAAGCGGAACUAUCGUUGCUUCUUUCUCUUUGUUUCUUCAACAGCCCUCCUUUGUGUUUUCGUCUUUUCCAUAUCGGCUUUGUAUCUGAAAUUUCUUAUGGAUGAUUCUGGAACUCUUUGGAAAGCUAUCAAAGAAUCACCGGCAUCUGCGGCAUUGAUGGCUUAUUGUUUUAUUGCACUGUGGUUUGUUGGAGGUCUUACUGGCUUCCAUUUGUAUCUCAUUGGUACAAAUCAGACCACAUAUGAGAACUUCCGUUAUAAGGGAGACAACAGAGUGUAUAACCGGGGAUGCAUAACAAACUUUCUUCAACUAUUCUGCUCAAGGAUAGAACCUUCAAAAAUCAAUUUUCGCGGCUAUGUACAGGAAGGGUUGUCAAAGCCUCAUAAGAGUAACAUUCAAGAAACAGAUAUAACUAUAUCUGAUGGGGAUACACGAAUUAAGGUGGAAGACGAUCUUGAUAUUGGAGAUGAUAUUAUGAAGAUAUCCCAACGCCGUAACUCUGAGGAAGUUGGUGAUGUUAGAGGUAGAGGAAGUGACAGGUCGCCAAUUGGUCGUUCUGAGGUUGAUUUUGGAUUUGGUCUGGAGUCUCAGUUUUCCUCCAGACCCUCAUACUAGCUUUGAGCAGAACAAAGUGAAAAGAAACCAUAAUCAAUAUCACCAUUUUUUCCCCAGUACAUUUCUAUUUCCUCCUGCUGGCAUUAUUUUGAGCACUCAGGAGGAGUUUCAACUGAUCAUUUAUUGAGGUUUAAGAUGCAGCACCACACUUGUCUCUAGCCAUGAAAGAUGCAUCGGUGUCUCUUUCUCGAGCUAGGCUCUCCCUGCUCUCGUGAAGAGAUGAGAUGGAUAGUUAAGUAUUUAUCGGAAGAACUAUAGUCUAUAGCUGUUUGGAUUCUUUACUUUGUAUCUAUCUCUGGAAUUUUAACAAUGUGUACAUCUUGUCUUGUGGUUUGAGUUUGUUCAUGAUUCACACAAGGAUAUAAAAACUCACAUUUGAACAAAUAGUUAUGUAUUUGAUA